AUGGGUUUCCUCACGAUAUUGAAGAAAUUACGACAAAAAGAGAAAGAAAUGAGAAUCCUCAUGUUGGGUUUAGAUAAUGCCGGCAAGACUACAAUAUUGAAACGGUUCAAUGGUGAGCCCAUCGACACUAUAUCUCCAACGCUGGGUUUUAACAUAAAGACACUUGAACACCGUGGAUACAAGCUCAACAUUUGGGAUGUCGGAGGACAAAAAUCAUUGAGGUCAUAUUGGAAGAACUACUUUGAAAGUACAGAUGGUGUGGCCUGGGUGGUGGACAGUGCAGACGCGCGACGUCUCUGGGACUGUGCUCGUGAGCUCCACUCUCUGCUCCGUGAGGAGAGGCUGGCUGGAGCCACUUUGCUUGUGCUAGCUAACAAGUCUGAUCUGCCUGGAGCACUCACAUUACAAGAAAUUAGAGAAGCUUUGGAUCUAGAUAGCAUUAAAACCCACCACUGGCGCAUUGUGCGCUGUUCUGCCGUGACAGGAGAGAACCUGCUGGAAGGCAUGGACUGGAUGCUCGACGACAUAGCUUCUAGGAUCUUCACACUUGAUUAG